UCGACCCCUCCCCCCUCAAACCCGAGACCGCGACCGCAAUGACGUCAUCGCCCUCGGCCACGCCGCCGCCCGUGACGUCACCGGUGACGUCAUCAUCAUCGUCAUCGUCGCGGAAGGGCAAGGGCGCCCCGUACGUGUGCGGGCUGUGCGCCAAGGAGUUCAAGAACGGCUACAACCUGCGGCGCCACCAGGCCACGCACGGCGCCGCCCCCGCCGCCAAGCGCGCCCCCCGCCCCGCCCCCAGCCUGCUGCCCCUCCCCCAGGAGCUCCUGGAGACCCCCCAGGGCGAGGAGGGGGCGGUGGGAGGUGACAACGUGGGGACAACGACCAAGAGGGCGUCGGCGGCGGCGUCGGCGGCGAGGAAGAGCCACGCGUGCGACACGUGCGGGAAGGCGUUCCGCGACGUGUACCACCUGAAGCGGCACCGGCUGUCGCACACGGACGAGAGGCCCUUCCAGUGCCCCGUGUGCCAGCAGCGCUUCAAGCGCAAGGACAGGAUGGCGUCGCACGUGCGCUCCCACCAGGGCCACGUGCACAAGCCCUACGCCUGCGGGCACUGCGGCAAGAGCUUCUCCAGGCCGGACCACCUCAACAGCCACGUCCGGCAGGUUCACUCCACCGAGCGGCCGUUCAAGUGCCAGACGUGCGAGGCGGCGUUUGCCACGCGUGACCGGCUGCGUGCCCACGCCGUGCGCCACGAGGACAAGGUGCCGUGCCACGUGUGCGGGAAGCUGCUCAGCGCCGCCUACGUCAGCGACCACCUGCGGGUGCACGGCCCCGCCCCCCGCGCGCAGGCCACGCCCAGAGGUUCCGGCUGCCCCGCCCCCUCCCCAAGCCCCGCCCCCGCCCCUCCCCCACCCCUGGACGGGACCCCCGGGGGCAGCCAGGGCUGGUGAAGGGGGCGGGGCCAAACAAACCCCGCCCCCAAACCCCCAUAACCCCUCCCCCACCCUCCCCAAGCUCCGCCCAUUUCCCCACCCCUUCAAGCCCCGCCCCCAAAUGGGGGGAGGGGGAGGGGCCAAGGCGGGGCCGACCAAUAAAAAACUGGGUGUU